AGGGAGGAGUGCAGCUGGGGAGCAGGUGCAGGAGGGGGCAGCUGGAAGCUUUGUUUUCAUGCCUGUGUUACCUUUGCAGGGAUGGGGGAGGUGGUGAGACUUUGAGCAGUCUUGUUGGGUAGCCAUUAGCGGUUGGGUACCCACCAUGUGCCACUUGUAGAGGGAGUGAAUGUCUCUUCAGGUGGCCAUCUUCACUGAGUGCAUCAGUGUGACACUGCCCUGUCAGCCUGGGUCUCAGUGCUGAGGUGAGACUGUGGGCACUCUGCCCCUGUGAAUAGGGACAGAAAUCGUACACUCUAUUGCGUAGGAUGGUUGUUACAAUCAGGGUAAUCAGAUGUGACUUCACCUGCCCAGCUGACUUCAAGGAUUAUGGGGAGAAGGUAGGGGUAUGGGGUUGAGAGGGAAAAUAAAUCAGCCAUAAUGGAAUGGCAGAGCAGACUCGAUGGGGUGAAUGGCCUAAAUUCUGCUCAUAUGUCUUCUGGUUUAACCCCCUGAGAUGUGGUCAGGUGAGAAUGUCUUCCCUCUCUCCUGGUAAGGCUCACUCUGAAAUUGUGGACUCAGAGGUGGUGUUAAUUCGGACUAAGGACUGAACUAACAUCAACUGUGUUAACUCUGGUGCCUAGCACUGGCCUGUCGGUGAGUGAGAGGAUGGGAAAGGGGCUAGUUUAGCUUUGUUGUGUUGUGGUUUCUGCUUGUGGUGUUCUGAGGAGAAUGGUGGACGUGCUAAGUUGGUGCCAGACACAUGGUGACACUUAGGGUUUGCCCCAGCACACGCUUGGUUGUGUUGGUUGUUAAUGCAGUACUGCAGUUCACUGUGUGUUUCUGUGUACGUGUGAUAAAGCUGAGUCUGACCAGCACAGCUGGGAGAAGUGCCCUGACAAGAAAUGAAUGAUGCCAGUUCAGAUCCAUUUGAGAUGAUAGUUAUGCUGGUUUGGUACUCAGUCAGCAGGGCACUGGGUCCAGGUAUCACGGCACGAGAGGGAAAGUACACUGCGCCUCAUCUCCAUUACUUGCUAAUGUGGUUACUUCAAUCUGCACAGUAGGAUUUACAGGCCUCGUUUCCCUUACUUAGAGAAAAGCACAUGAAAUUCUUUCAUUUCUGAGUGAAUGUCCUUUCAGUAUCUGUCAUCGUAUGUGUAUGCAUGCGCCAAACCCUCCCCAUCACUGGGCACAGAAGCCUCAACUGUGGGAGAAUCACACUCACUGAGUUCACUACGUCCAUGCGAAUCUACAUCAAUCCCGCUUGCCCAGACUAGGUCUGCAUCCCACGUCUUAGCAAUUCAACCACCUCCUUUCUUUGGCAGCAAGGUCUAAAUAUCAACUACUCUGUAUAAAAAUCACUUUGCCCUCAGGUUCCCUUUAAAAAUCCUCCCUUAGAAUCACAGCAAUAUAGGGAUUCAGGCCCUUCCACCCAAUCCCGACCAAUGUGCCCACUCACCCAGCUGGUUCCAAUUUCCUGCCUACGGCUGUAUCCCUCCAUGCUUUGACCCUACAUGUACCUAUCCAAGAAUAAUCUUACCUGCCUCAAACACUUCCUCUGGAAACACUCACCGUCCCCUCCAUGGAAAAGUUGCCCCUCAGGUCCCUUUUUAACCUUUUCCAUCUCACCCUAGACCAACCCAACCCUCCCCCCCCAGUUUUGGACACCCUACCCUGGGGAAAAGAGCAUUAACAUCCACCUUAUCUGUGUCAUAAUUUUAAACGCUUCUGUAAGUUCACCCCUCAUUCCCCUGCACUGCAAGGAGUAAAGACCCGUCCUGGCCAACCCUCCCUUUAACUAGUGACAUCUUACAAAAUCUUCUCUGCACUCUUUCCAGUUUAAUGAUAUCUGUCCUAUAAGAGCAUAACCAAAACUAUACACCAUACUCCAAAUAUGAUCUCUUCAAUAUCUCACGUCCUCUUAGAAUCUGUGGGCUGUGCCAGGAUUUGAUUGUGCCUGGAAUUGUUUAAACAUGGUGUGAAGAGUUUAUUUUGCCAGAGGGUGGUGAAUCUAUGGAAUUCAUUGCCACAGGCCAAGUCAUUGGGUAUAUUUAAAGUGGAAAUAGGUUGUUAAUUAGUGAGGGCAUCAAAGGUUAUAAUAGCCAGCCAGUGAUAUAAUGGCAAAUGGUUCCGAGUUUGAAUCCACCCAGGCCCUUGCACGCUUUCCAUCUGUGCUAGGUUGAACUCUGCCUCAUAGAAAACAUUCAGAUGCUACGGAAACAGCAGAAGUGCCACCCAGUGGAGCAACAACAAAGCUUAUAGGGAGAAGGCAGGAGACAGGUUGACAGGGAUAAUAACACUGGACAACAAAUUUUUUCAAAAGUGUUGCUUCCUCAGAAUUUUGUUUUGUUCAUGAUAGACCACUUGAAGCUGAACACAAAUAUGAUUUCAGACUACACAGGAAUUUGGAGGGAAAAAAGUAAUUUUUAUUGAAUAUAAUGCAUUUAAUUGGAUAACAGUACUGACGUUUUGCAAUAGUUCAACUAAACUAAAAAUGUUUUGUUGAUAAUUUUCGUGUGUACUCAGUGCCUGUGGCUCCUUGCUUAAGUGGCCAACCAUUAUCAUCUAGCGCUGAUGGAUUCCAGGUGCCCUGAUAUCAUUUCUCCAAGACAAAAAUGCCCUGGUAAAACCUUUCACCAUGCUUGUCACUGACAGUUCCAAGAUUUGCAGGGAAGAAGUCUAAAUGGGAAUGUAGAAAAUUAAUCUUGAGUGACAUUUUUCCCUUCAUGGUUUUAUGUGCUUGAAGCAUGUUGUCAGCCAGCUGCCGAGAAAAUUUUCAACAGCAUCUUUGAAUGCCUUCCAUGUAAUUUUCUCUGGUCCCAUCAGAAGUCUUUGAAUUGCCUAUCAUUGAUGACCUGUUUGAUUUGUGAACCAACAAGAAAAGCCUUCAUUAAUCUCGGCAUCUGUCAUUCUGACUUGAAAUAUAAAUUGAAAUAACAAAUGUAGAUGAUUUUAAAAAAUGGUGCAUGAUAGGGAAAUUUGACAGUGAUUUUCUUGAUCAGCAGCCCAAAAUCCAUAAGGUACAUCCAAAAGUAAUCAGGAAGCAGAAUCUUUGUUGGCCAAUGUAAUCAAUCAUCCAUGACAGAUUGGUGGGGCAGACUUGAUGGGCCGAAUGGCCUGAUUCUAUUCCUAUGUCUUAUGGUCUUAUAAACAAUGUUGAGCCACACACAGUAAUGUUGUUCUGAGGUGUGAACUUUCUUGAGGACUUUUCUCACUGGAGUGAAGAUUAGAAGAUUGAACAGCCAGGGACAUUUUCCCAAGGGUGGAAAUGGCUAAUUCGAGGGGCAUAAUUUUAAGGGCUCGGGCGACGCUAUGGACGUGGCGAAUCAUAGUGUGGUCCUGCUGCAGCAGCUGAAUGUCCAGCGGGAGUUUGGCUUCCUGUGUGACUGCACCGUGGCCGUAGGGGACAUUCACUUCAAAGCCCAUCGAGCUGUGCUGGCUGCAUUCUCCAACUACUUCAAGAUGAUCUUCAUUCAUCAGUCCAGUGACUACAUCAAAGUGCAGCCAAUGGACAUCCAGCCAGACAUCUUCAGCUACUUACUACACCUCAUGUACACGGGCAAGGGUCCAAAGCAGCCGGUAGACCCCAACCGCCUGGAGGAGGGCAUCCGAUUCCUGCAUGCCUACAACCUGGUCCAUGACCCGAGCCAAGGGGGACAGGUGUUCACCCAGCACCCCGAGGUGCCAUCCCUUCAGUCGCCCAACCUCUACGGCAUCCAGAUCUCGGGCUCACAGAAGCUGCCAGUGCCCCCUGGAAGCCGGAGCGGGGUCACCACUCUGACCACGGAGCAGACCAGUCAGAUGACCCUGGGAGUGGCCAACAUCCCUGAGCACCGGUACGCCCGUCCUCCCAUUGGCCAGGAGGUAGGAGCAGAGGAGAGCGGCCAAAGCCUCCCCCCAUCAUCUGCGGCAGCGUCCAGGGGUCUGCAGGUCCCCGGUCUCAACUUUAAACGGAGCAAGACCCACAAGCUCUACUCCUGCCACUACUGUGGGGAGAGGUUCUCUGCCAGGGGUAGCCUGCGGGAUCACCUGUACUCGCACGCCAGUGGCGCCGUGCCUGCUGGAGCCCCCAUCGAGAGCAGGGGCCUGGGGGAGGAGGCCGAGGGAGUCGGGGGUUCCCUGUCCCAGGGAGAUGAGGCCCUCCCCUCCACCCCUGAUCAGCAGGAGGGAAGCGGUCUGGACGAGCAGCCUCCUGUCGGUCUGACUGUGACCAUUGGAGCCUGUGGGGACACUGUUGACCCAGGCAGCGGCUUCACGACGGCCAAGAGGAGGAGGUUCACCUGCAGUGUGUGCGGCCACUCUGCAGACCCGGAGCCCAGCAGCACACCUCCACCUACAGCAGCGCCACCUGGAGCCCUGGAGGAAUCACCAGCUGCUGCCCAGCCCCAAGCCCGGCAGGAGGAGGCAGUCCCGAGUGGGAGCCCCGAUUCCACCGUUGACCUCGAGAGUGCCUUCCGCGAUGUCUUCGCCAGCUAUGAGGCGGCGCGUGUUCACGCACACUACAAGUGCGUGCGCACUGGCUGUGAGCGGGUGGCUGUGUCCGCUGAGCCGCGGCGUGGGGACCGCUUUGUGCAUAAGUGGCUGUCGGACCGUGAGCUGACUUACUGCGAGCGCACCGGUGUUUACUGGCUGCUCUACGAAGAGGGCCAGGGCAUGUUCUGCUACCUGUGCCGGCGUCACGACACCCAGAACAAGCAGAACAAGACCAAGGUGUUCAAUGGGACGCCGGCUGUGCGCUACAAGAAGUCAGCGCUGCAGGUGCAUGCUGAGUCUCAGCAGCAUGCUGCUGCUGUGCACGCUGAGCUGGCGGGCCGUAUGUCUGAGCGCGAAAUGGCCGAGCGUGAGCGCCAGGAGGGCACCUCUCUGCGCGCCCUUUUCCUCGCUGCCUAUUGGCUGGCGCGUGAGGGACUGCCCACCGCAAAGCUACGUCCCGCAUUGCGCUUGCUUGGUGAGGCGGGGCUGGCGGGAGGUGCCACCACACACUUUCGGCGAGCCGAUACACUUCAGGAAGUGUUCCGCGGACUGGGCACCGCUGUCCGCCAGCGACUCGUCAGCCGCAUCUGCCGCGCCCCCGCCUUCGGCAUCCGCUGCGAGCGCGCCGGUCCUGGAGCCGAGUCCUCACUGCUGGCCUUCGCUCAGUUCAUUGAGCCUGGCGUUGAGGUGGCUAGUGGGCUACUCUUCGCCGAGGCCCCAGGCCCUGGCCGGGGCUGGGACUCGGCUGACGAGUUGGCAGCAGUGAUCAGCCGCACCUUGGGCUGCCUGGAGCUGCCAGUCUCUCGGCUGGCUUCGCUGGUGACGGACGGCGGCGAGGCAAUGCCAGCAGUCGUGUCCCGGCUGAGGGAGCUGAGCCCGGCCUUGCUGGGCCUGCAUUGUGUGAGCCGCCGGCUAUUGUUGGCUGCCGCCUCGGGCUGCCCGACCUGCCGUCCCCUGCUGCGGGUUGAGGCCUACCUGCAGCAGCUGUGGGAGGUGCUGGAGCGUUCGCACAGCCUGGCCGAAGCCUACCUGAGUGCCCGUCUGGCCGGGGCCUCGGCUGCACAGCCCAGUGGCCGUCUGAAACCGGCACUGCUGCGCCGGCUGAGACGGGCCUGCCGCCGCCGCCGACUCUCCCUUGAGGCCUCGGUGGAGGGCGCCUACAAUGACUACGUGGCGCUGUUGCGGGCCCUGUCAGCACUGAGUGAGGCUGAGGCAGCAGCUGUUGGCCUCCUGGCCCAAUUGGGCAGCCUGCGCUUUGCCGGGGCCCUCUAUAUCCUGCGGGAGGCUUCGGCUGCGCUGCUGGGCCUGUCGCGGGCCUGGCGCCGGGGCGGCCUCCACCCGCCCGCCCUGGAGUCCCUCCUACGACAAGCCCUGCAAAGGCUCGAGGAGGCUGCUUCCUCCCGGGCUGCGCUAACUCGCCUGCGAGUGGAUCUGGAGCCCGGCGGCCGCUUGUCCUGCUGUGCCCUGCCAACACUGGGCGCUGGGGAUGAGGCUGAGCUGAGUGGUCUGUUGGAGACCUACACUGCCCGGUUGGUGACCGACUUACGUCGCCGCUUUGAGGCGUCUGCUCCGCUGUUGGCCACCCUCUCCAUUUUUAACCCCCACUUGGUGCCUGACCCGGGUUCCACCGGCUUUGCUGCUCAUGGGCAGGCUGAGGUUGGGGCCUUGGCCUCUCACUUCCAUCCCAGAGACCCGGCCACCGAGGCCCGGCUGCAGGCUGAGUGGGCCCGACUCAAGCUUGAGCUGCCGGGCUGGAAGGUUGGUGCUGCAGCCUCGUCACUGGGCGAAUCUUCAGCGACUGAGUGCUGUCUGCGCCGCCUCUUGGGCCUGGGCACGUACCCGGCCCUAAUGCAGUUUGCCGAGGUGGCACUUUCAGCCCCCGUGGCCCCGGCCCGCUCUGACCGGGCCUUUGCUGCUCUGCGGAGGCUGGAAGCACGACUGCGGGGUGGUCGCUGCGAAGACACCGGCCUACUUGACAGCCUGCUACAGAUCUCGGUAAACGGACCCGAGCUGGGUACGGCCGAAUGCACGCAGCUGAUCCAGGAGGCCGCCCUUGCCUUCCUACAGCAGAGGUGCCAGGGCACAGUGGUCCCAGCCCACCAGAAGCCCCCGCUGGCCUCAUUCAAGGCCGAGGAGGCGGCCGAGGCCUGCUGUUCGGAGGGCUCGGAGCAGGAGCUGGAACAGCUGCAGCAGGAGCUGGAUCAGACAGUGGGUGCCCUACAGCUCCAGGCCGACAAUGAGAGUGACUCUGAGGACAGCCUCUGCGACUGAGCCCUGGGUCUUCCUGCAAACACCCAGCCGGAGCUGACACCAAGGUUAGAAGUGCCUGCCUCUGGCCAUUCCCUUGGUUGGCCCCUUCUUCUUGCCCAUGCAGGGCAGAUAUGUGAGUUCCUGGGUGUGUCACAGAACUAUUGGGGUUUGGGCAUAAGUAGGCAGGUCUGUCUCCAUGCUGAAUGCUAACAGAGUGGAACUUUAGAAGUCUGGAAGUCAAUGGGGCAGGUUCAGGAUUGUCUCAAUGUAGACACCAGAGUUUUGGAUGCUAAAGUCCGGAGCAUCACUCCAGAAUCUAGAGAAACUUGAUGGGUCGGGCAGCAUCUGUGGAGGGAAAUGGACGGUCUGUAUCUUUGGUCGAGGCUCUUCAUCUGGUGAAUGUCGUCCAUUUUCUUCUCUCAGUGUUGCCUGACCCACCGAGUCUGUCCAGCAUCUUGUGUUGUUGGAAAUGUAUUCACCUUCCCAUCAAUGGGGCCCUCUCCUUGCUACCGGGCUUUCUCCCCAAGGGCCAGUGUGGUAGGCUGGAAGAGACAUGGUCUUGUUCAGGGUGGAGUAUAGCUUCCAGCUGUUGCAGAAUACACAAGACCCCUCCACCACAUGUGUGCUUUGAGUAGAUUUAUUUCUUUUUAACUACAGUAGGAUUUUUUACUUAUGUAUUUUAAAAGUCAAAAUAAAGAUUGGUUUUUU